ACAAAAAGUGCGCGCUCCGAAUGUUUGCAUUGAUCACCGCUUCUUUUGCAACCGUGACAGUUCGUUUUGCAUUUGAAUCUGUUGAGUAUUUUACCUCUUCAUUUUUUUUUAAUUCAUUGUUCAUGUAUUUGUUACCUUUUUCGCUGACCAUACUAACAAAUACAUCGAAACCGAAACCUGAAUUUAAAGACCGACUGAGAUUUACGGUAUUAUAGCAGCACUUAUUAGUUUUUGACACAUUUUUGUUUUCUUUUAUGAGUAGAACAUUUAAAUCACAACCCCCCAUGUAUUGUUGUUUGUGUCAGUAUUGUAGGUCUUUAUUGCUACAACUCUGGGAGAUAAUACUGAUCAAUAACGCGCGUUACGCAUUUUUCUGCAAUGUUUGCGACCUUCAUGUCCCAUUUAACAAACCAAAGAAAGCAUUCUAUUAGUUACUGGAAUAGGAAUAGACAAAAGAUUACUGUAAGUAAGAUUUGAACGACGUAAUUUGACCUGAUGCAUAAAUCUGUUCCAGGUUCACAUGAGAUUUGCAGAUGAAACUCCUGUCAGGGGCACCAAAAAAAGAGAAAGAAUCUGGGUUGUGUGUCUUCGAGGGCGAAGACAAAUUAAGGAGGGAGGAAUGUCGUAAUUAGGGCUAUACGGACUGUGAAUAUUGGCCUGGGUAGGUCAGUGGUUAGAGCGCCUGACGAGUAAUGCAGGGUUCGAUUCCCGGUUCAGCCACAGAUUUUCUCCUUUCUUCUAUAUUACAUUUGGUGCCGUAGACCAGCCCCUGGGGAUAAAUAUCAUGGGAUGUUAAGACAUUUAAGGAGGGAGGAGUGAAGCGGUCAGCCGGGUUCGCUCUCCGGUGGCCAGAUAGCUCAGUUGGUAGAGCACCUGACUAGAGAUUCAGGGGCCCUUUGCAUUUUCUCCCUUCCUGUUACAAAUCUAUUAAUGCAAGGAUAUAUGGUUUACGAUAAUUAAUUAUUUGCAUCAUAAUGCAGUUGUAUUUGAUAUAAUUGUUUGAUUUAAUAACUAGACUGAAGUUCAAGCCACUAACCAGCAGCGAAUACGCCCAUAGCAGCAAAUAAUGAAAUUCAUCAAAGUACUGAGAGUACGCAAAAUGUUCAAAAUCAGCAAAUAUACGACCAAAAAUGAAUCAUUUUUAGUACUCGGAUUCUUAAUUUUUAUUGUUAAAAACUUAUAGAACAAUUUAACUCGCAUGAACAGUUUGAAUGGAAGACCACUAUUAUGCAUCGUAAAGCAUAAACAUUGAACGUGGAUAGCUUUUUAAUCUUUGAAGAGUCCACGAAAAGAGUAUCAAAGCAACUUUGAACUAUUAUUUCCCUUCCUCACAUUUGGGCUUUAGGGGUGCCACCUGGGGAUGCCCGUGUAUUGGGUCACUUUAUGACCUUUAUGAUUGUUGAAAAUGGUGUGAUCAAAUGAAACUGAACAGAUCAAGAGAUCGAUAAAGAUGUAGAUAUAAUCCCUAAAAGGAUUUGAAUCGACUAUUGAGGACAAUUGGUCUCACCUGCACGUUCCUAAUUUUACUUGUAUGUUAAUAUUGAAGGUAAAUAACAAAUAAUUUUAAAGAGUCAGUAUCGAGGCUAGUUUGGGGUUCUUUUGGACUAACAAUACAGUAUGGGGCUGUAGAGGUAUAAUCUGAGACCUUCCAAUGGUGUAAUAACCCUUCCUAUCUCUAAAUUUAUGUCAUAUAGGUGAUGGAAUUAAACAAACUUUCUGAAAGAUAGAGAAAAAUACAAACUAUCAAAUACUGUGUGUCUGCUAAAUGUUGUGUGAUGCGUCUAGUGUGGUGUCUGUUGUGUCUGUGUGCCUGUCAUCUCUCACUUGCAACACUGCCGCUGGCUAGCAGAAAUGUGACAGGAGGAAGCAAAAUAAGUCAGUCUUCUUUUGCCAGUACAUAGCCUCUCUACAACAAAUCCUAUGCAGUACCUCCCCGUGGUAGCGGACGGGAACUCGGCACCAUUCGGACCCAGGCUGAACUGCAAGGGUGUCGGGUAGAUGGGACUCGGUAGCCUGGGAAGGCAGCUCAUCUAAGAAAAGGAAAACUCUGAUUUAAAACCCAGUUGGUGGAAACUGUAAGUCACUUCUGACAUCCACCUAGGAGAAGGAAAACUUUGAUACAAAACCCGGAAAGAUGUAUUUCGUUAGCUGGGGCAAGCAAUUAUCUAAGGGAUGGAAAACCCCAACAGAAAAACCCGACCCUCCACGUACGAGGUUGGGCAGAAGGCUAAUCACCUACUCCUGUUAAAAGAUUAGAUUACAGAAACGGAAACUAGAGAUAACAGUAAUGCGGAAACAAGGGUCAGACCAAUCCAAAACCCUGGACGUAGGACGGAUGUCAGCCAAACCAUAGCAGGAGCUGACAGCCUAAGUGGAAAGAUUCUUGGACCCAAAACCACCGUCCAGCUUGGUUGCUGGAAUGUAAGAACACUCUACCAAACUGGUAGACUAGCACAAGUUGUAAGAGAAAUGGAGACCUAUAACAUCAAUCUACUAGCAGUUAGUGAAACAAGAUGGACAGGUAGCGGAAUAAGACAACUCGCCUCGAAGCAUCACAUUGCUUUCUCUGGAAGACAAGAUGACUAUCAUGACAGAGGUGUAGCCCUGAUUAUGACCAAUGACAUCAGGAAAACUCUAAUAGAAUGGAAACCAAUUAAUGAAAGAUUUCUGACAGCUAGGUUCUAUUCCACAUAUGCUAAAUUAUCAGUUAUAACAUGCUAUGCACCAACAGAAGUAGCAGAGGAGGAAUACAAAAACAUCUUUUAUGAGAAAUUGCAAGAACUCAUUGAAACAACACCAAGACACGAUAUUUUAGUUGUUCUUGGCAACCUUAAUGCAAAAGUUGGUAAUGAAAACAUUGGAAAGGAGGCAACAAUGGGAAUGCAUGGAAUAGGAGAGACAAACAAUAAUGGAGAGAGACUUGUCGAGCUGUGUGAAGAAAACAGUCUUGUCAUUGGAGGGACUAUAUUCAAGCAUAGAGAUAUACAUAAACAAACAUGAACAUCUCCAGAUGGUCAUACCAACAAUCAUAUCGACCACAUUAUCAUCAAUAGAAGAUGGAGAGGCUCUUUGCAAGAUGUGAGAGUCAAAAGAGGAGCAAACAUUGGCAGUGACCAUUCUCUAGUUAUUGCGAAGAUAAAACUCAAACUCCGAAAAGUAAGAAAGAAAACAGAAAGAAAGUUAAGACUUGAUGUUGAUAAAUUAAAAGAACCAUCUAUCCAAAGAAACUUUCAAAUGGAGCUGAGGAACAAAUUUAGUGUGCUUAACGAUGAACAAGAAAUGAGCAUACAUGACUUUAAUAAAACAGUCUAUGAAGUGGGAGAUAAGAUCUUGGGACCCAAAAGGAAGAAAUCAGAAGAAUGGAUUUCUAAGAACACCUGGAAAGUUAUAGAUGAACGGAAGGAUGUUAAGAAAAGGCUGAUUCAAACAAAGUCAGAAAGAAUUAAAGACCAACUAGAAAACAGAUAUAGAUCUUUAGAUAAGGAGGUAAAGAAAAGCACAAAGAGAGACAAACAAGCUUACAUAGAAAAUUUAGCAGAUGAAGCUGAAAUGGCAGCUGCAAGUCAAGAUCUUGGAAAGCUAUAUAGAAUCACAAAAAUGCUUACUGGAAGGUUUACCAACUGUGAAACAGCAGUAAAGAAUGAACUUGGACAAAUAAUUGCAGGAGAUGAAGAGAAACUGAAAAGAUGGAAAGAUCAUUUUGAGAAUGUGUUAAACAAAGGCAGUCCCGCAGUUGCGGCCAUUAUUCAACCUGCCACAGAAUUUCUAGAUAUUAACAUCGAAUCACCUAUUCAAGAAGUUCAGGCUGCUAUAAAAGCUCUAAAAAAUGGUAAAGCACCAGGGCAAGAUGGAAUUCAAGCUGAGUUAUUAAAAUGUGAAGCAAAUAUCUUACCAUCUACACUUACUUGUAUACUAGAAAAUAUUUGGAUUACAGAAGAAACACCUGAUGAUUGGAAGAUGGGGCUUAUAACCAAACUACCAAAGAAAGGCGACUUAUUUGAUUGUAAUAACUGGAGAGGAAUUAUGCUGCUUUCUGUUACCAGCAAAGUCCUUAGUAGAAAUGUUUUCAAUAGAAUAACCAGGGAAGUAGAUACCUGUUUACGGAAAAAUCAAGCUGGUUUUAGAAAAAGAAAAUCUUGUAGUGACCAGAUAUUUUCUCUAAGGCAGAUAAUUGAGCAAAGCAAUGAGUGAACCAACACACUUUAUGCCAAUUUUAUUGACUUCCAGAAAGCAUCCGAUAGCAUAGAUAGAAAUUCAUUAUGGAAAAUUUUGUCUCAUUAUGGAAUCCCAUCUAAAAUUAUUAGCAUCAUCAAAGUUUUAUAUUCAGAUUUUAGAGCAAAAGUCAUUUGUGGUACUGAACUUUCACCUGAACUAGAAAUUAGAACAGGAGUUAAACAAGGUUGUCUUCUGUCACCGCUUCUCUUCUCCAUGUGUGUGGACUGACUUAUGAAGGAAAUUACAAAAGACACGAACAGGGGCCUAGAAUGGACAUUCACGGAACGUUUGGAAGACCUUGACUUUGCUGACGAUAUUGUCCUUCUUUCUCAGCGCCUAAUUGAUAUACAAGCUAAAACGAACAUACUGGAAGAAACAGGAAAACAACUUGGUCUUUACAUAAAUACUGCUAAAACCAAAGUAAUAAGAAUAAACACGGAAAGAGAAGAUCCUAUUUUGAUUGACAACCAGACAGUGGAGAUGUAAAUGACUUCAUUUAUUUGGGAAGUAAAAUUACAAAAGAUGGAAACUCAGAAAUCGAUGUUGACCACCGUCUAUCCAAAGCCAGAGGAGCCUUUGCAAGUUUAAAGAAAAUCUGGAACGCCUCAAAAAUCAAACUUAACACGAAAAUCAAGAUCUUCAAAAGCAAUGUAAUUUCAGUUCUUUUAUAUGGUUCAGAAUCCUGGAAAGUCACAAAAACCAUCUGCAAUAAACUUGAUGUUUUCCAGAGGAGAUGUUUAAGAAGAAUUCUAAAAGUUUUUUGGCCAAAUAGAAUAUCAAACAGAGAAAUGUACAACAAAACUAAAACAACAGCAGUAUCAGAGGAAAUUAAGAAGAGGAGGUGGCGCUGGCUAGGCCAUAUUUUGAGAAUCGAUCCCACAUCGAUCCCACAUGUUGCUCUAAGAUGGACACCAGCAGGGAAGAGAAAAAGAGGUCGCCCAAAAGAGACAUGGAGGAGAACAGUAGAAAGAGAGAUGAAGGAACAAGGAUGGACUUGGGGACAAAUAAAGACUUGGUCUCAAGACAGAGCAUACUGGAGGUCUCUAGUGGAAGCCUUAUGUGCACACCAGCACGAAGAGGACUAAAAAAAUAAACUGAAUCAAAUACUGUGGAAUCAUCAUUGUUCGUGGGAGAUUGAUGUUCGUGGAUUUCGUGGGUCACUCUUACCCACGAAUUUACGUGUCCUCGAACAUUUUUUAACCAAGUAGAGUUAUUUCUCCUUGUGACAUCGUAUCGCUUACCCACGAAAUCACGUCCCCAUCAACCAGCAAAAUUUUGCUUACCCAUGAACAUUGCCUCCACGAAUUAAAAUGAUUCCACAGUAGGAACCUCAUAAGGGGUCAUUGAGCCUAUGGCAGCAAUCUGGCUUACCUACAAGUUGCUAAUUUUACAUAUCACAUUGUCAAACUGAAGACUGAUAUCUUCUUCAUCUUUUAAGAUUCCACGAAAUGAGUAUAGAGGCAAGGUAGGAGAUCCCUUGGGAUAUCAUUUCCCGCCAUUGGCUUGGGGCUGCAGCGGUGCCACUUAGGAUCUGCCGAGGGUGGGUGACUUUUCAGACCAUAAUGAUUAUUAGGCAUCUGAUCCCAUCUCUGCUAUGUCUAGGGGUCCGUGUUCGCCCAACUCUUUAUUCUGUAUUCUUAAUUGAUCUCUGUUCGUAAUCUUCACCUUUUAUUGAAGGUGAUCAAACGGGGAAAAACUGUCAAGAGAUGGAUAGAAACGUUGAUGAAACCAAUAUAAACAAGAGGAGUUCACAUCAGACUUUGAGCUCAGUUAAAAGGUCCCAAUUUUCCUUUUCAAAGAGUCAGAAUGGAGAUUAAAAUCUCCCUAAUCUUUGAAGAAUCCACGAAACGAAUAUAAAGGGAAGGUAGGAGACCUCAUGGACUAUCAUUUCCCGACCUCAGUUUGAGGCUAUAUGGAUACCACCUUGGAACUCCCAUGGGUGUGGUCACGUCAGAUUUCUAUAAUUAUCAAAUAUUAGAUGAUGGAAUAAAACAAAACUGAUAAAAGAUACAAAACAAUGCAGACUAUCAUAUAGGACCCUUAUACGUUGUGACAUAGCUUAUAAGGUAAUUGAACUCGAGUGAAAGUUUUUAAUUUUACACUUCAGUGUCGAAAUAGACACUGCAUGAAAGUUAUGGUUUCCAUGGUGCGGAAACUAUGCGGAAACUUAAGAAAACAAAUGGUUUACGCAAGGUUUCAGAUUGGAAACUUCAAGUUUGCAAGGGUUUACGGAAUGCGUAGGCCGUCCCCGAUUCCAGGUGGUUUACGCAGCCGAAACUUGCGGAAACCUAAGGUUUCUGCACUGUUUCUGCACUACUGAAACUAGUCGCCACCCUAGGUUUACGCAAGGUUCCGCACUACUGAAACUACUUCACAACCUCCAGAAACUUAUCAACAUCUAAAAUAUGACAUAAUUGAAUCAAGGCUAUGUACACACAGUCACACUUUAAUAUUAGUGAUAUAUAUUGUGUUCCUGAAAUUUACAAAUCAUUCAGCAAUAGUUUAUGCAAACCCAUUCUCUAUUCAUUGAAUAAAAUGUUUAAAAUCUGAGAUAUCACCAACCACAAAUUAAAACAAAACACAAGCAUUUUAUAUACAAUGCUUUUAUUAAAGAUUCAAAGAUUUAUACAUGUAUAAAGAUUAUUGAUUAAUAACAUUAACAAUCUUAAGCUUCGUUGAACAAUAUAGGACAUGCACAACAGUACUAGUGUACACGAGAAAUGAUUCAGAAACAUGUAUGCCUCCAUGGUGCAAAAUUGAAAAGGGUUACAAGCAUGUAUCAUUUCAUCGAUAAAAGUAUACUAUAUAAUCGUUUACGUACUGCGGAAACCAUAUGGGAAACCUCAACGUCAGGUUUCCGCAAGGUUUCCAUAUGGUUUCAGUGUUGCGGAAACUAGCGUUUUCAUCCAGUGAGAGGUAAAUAUCUCCUUGAUAUUUAUCAAAGGUCUCUUUUCAGGUCUCUUUAAUCAUUAGAUUUGGGUGAUCGAAUGAAACAGCACUGAUCAAAAGAUAGAAAACAGUACAGCCUAUCAUAUACAAGGUUAAGGAGCCUAUUUCGAAAAAUGGGCUUAUCUGAAAGUUUCUUAUUGUACAUGUACAUGUUGUAGGGUGAAAGUAGAUAAAGAUAAUAACUUCCAUCUUUGAAGAGUCCACGAUACAAGUACCGGGGGCUUUGAUUUCUAAACCUUAGAUUUGGGAAAUAGGGGUAUCAUCGGGUCCUCCAGAGGAUGGGACACUUUUCGGAUAUCUAUAAUUAUCAUACAUGGAGUGAUCGGAGAAAGUAAAACAGAUAGAAAACAUUUCAGACUAUUACGUUGUAUAUAGCCCCUACCUAACUACCUUCUUGCCUGCCUACCUCUCUACCUACCUACUUCGAUGGAUAGAUAGAUGUGGAACAUCAUGAUGUUGUGACAAUAUACUCGAACGAAGAGAAAAUUAGGCCUGUCUGCACAUUGAUCCUACAAUUUUUUUCUUUGCAAAGAAAAUUCCCGUAACACCCUUUCAUGAUGGCUUCCCAACUCACAUUCUCGAGAAA